CAAAAGCCGUGACGCGAUCGCUAAUAGGACUUACUUGAGGGCUGGUCAAUUGCCUCGUGUAUUAUACCACCACCGUCUUCAUACCCUUACAUUUCGAUACCCUUCGUUCGAUACCCUUCUCUCCAUGAAUUAGACUUUUCCAAGCAUGGCCAAGACGAAGGCUCCUAAAAAACUCAAGGAAUACCCUGUGCCUACGGAUCGACACGCCCUCGUCAUCGUCAAUCCUUGGGGCGUGCCUCCGGAAGGCUUCACCCGGUGUACCCCUCAACAAUGGCGGGGCUUCUACAACAACCUGGCUAGCUGGGUAGAAUGUGCUUGCGGUAUCCAGCCUAUUGGAAUGUGGAGAACGUCGGAAGGAGGUCGAGAGCAGGUCUUCGUGGACAUGCCAUUUGGCGGCGAUGCUCUCACCACCACCAUCCCUGGGACGAACGACAGAUCGUUGACUAAGCUUGGUCGUCGCUUACUGGGUGCGCACUAUGCAUCGCGUUUCUUCUGGUGCCCAAGGGCUCUCAACGCUUGGCAAGGCCAUGUCGUUUCCGUAUACGAAUAUGACUGGAAGAGGCAUGGCGAUCUGGAUCGAAAGUUUGACCAUUUUAUCCAAGAUACCCCAGCGUUGACAGAUGAAUUUGUAUGUCGGCGCGGCGAUAACUACCCUCUCCCUGAUGCGCCGCUACCGAAUCCAGUCAAGUGGCUGCUGAAACUGCCACCAGCUGAUGCCUGGGCCACACCUGCGCCAAUAAACGCGUCUCUCAGUAACGUGUCUGCAGUAGUGACACCACCACCUCUUUCUCAAUCUCCCCCCGCAGCUGCAGCUUCACCAUCGCCUGCGCCGGAAACCUUUAUCAAACGCGAUCCAUACGAAGAAGAGGAUGAGUUAAUGCAACAUGUCAAAAAUGAGAUGGAAGACCCUCCUGUCAAGUUCGAGGAUCAAGCUGACUUCAAAGAGGAGGAUAAUGAUCCGCGGACGAUGAUCAAAAGGGACCCAUACGAAGAGGAGAACGAGCAGAUGGAUGGGCUACGUGAUUUGGAACGUGAUCGUAACUCGGAAGAGCGACAACACGUGGAGCGGUGGCAGCCUUAUGAGACCCCUUUGUUACCAGGAAUGCGUCAACGCGACGGGGAACCCAUAUGCGUCAAACAAGAAAGUGAAGACCCACGUCCACUCCAUGAAGAAGCCGCUGAAGGAAGGAUAAAUGUAAAGCAAGAAGAGCAAUCACGACCAUUGUACAACGAGGAAGAAGGCCGGAGGAUCCUGGCUGAUCUCUUAAGGAUGCAAAGAGAGGAAAGGGUGCAGCGUGAAGAACAGUCAAACCAGGCUGUGCAACAAGUCAAGCGUGAACCCGUGGAUAGCGGGUUGGUGCCUAGCGGCAGAGGUCGAAAUUUCUCUGGUCGUGAAGGGCGAGAGUAUAGGCGAGAAAGGGAGCGAAGCCAGACGCUUGCUUCGAGUUCAUCACCAGUGCGAGUCAAGCAAGAACCCGACGACGGCCGGAGGAACAUGAUGCUGGCUUCUCCGACUUCGCAAGUUGACGAUUUCUUAAGUUCAUGUCUGCCCGGAGGGCAGGAGAGAGGAGAACGACAGAACAUUGAUGAUAAUAAAGCAAGAUGGGUACGCAGGGAAUACCAGAGGCUGAACGGAGACAGACACGAGCUCCAGUGGGACCGCCGUAUUAAUGGUGAUAUGCGAAGGAGAAAUGACGAACGGCGCAGAGAGGGCGAGAGACAACAUGACGAGGACGCGCAGCGUGAUCAACGUAGACCAAUAGUUAAGCGCGAACCGGUGGAUCAGUCCCUUAAUGAUGGCAGAACGAGGGACCCGCGAAGAACCCAGCCUGCCCCAACCGCUGAUCCACGGAUCAGAAUUAAAAGAGAAAUGGAUGAUGGCUCUGGUAUGUUUAAGUCUCGUACCUUUGACAAUUCUGAAGUUUGCGCUCGAGCAGGUACAAGUUUAAGUGGACGAUCGGACCAGUGGAAACGUGUUAAGAGGGAGAUGUGAAUUUGACAUAACCGUGAAGUGUAUUUACCAUGUUUAUUGUAUUAAACCGAUGAUUGUAUCGACGCGUAACUGAUUUUAUAUGUAUGUAGGGAUAAUGUACAGUUGCAAGAUCUGGCGUUUUUAUGCAUUUACUCGUUUCAUGUGCUGUAUCACGGUCACCAAAAUACGUGCUAUCCAAUCACUAGUGCUGAACAAAUUAUCGAUGAGAAAUUUCCUGCACUCAUUCAAUGUUCAGCUGACUGGCGCGUACACAGGGGGCCCCUAUACACGUAUCUCAUCGUGAU